AUGUCAGUGACGGAUGAUAUCCCAGCUGUCUUUCUCGAGAAAAUCUCACCUCGAGGUCUCGAGGCGAUUCAAAAGACCAAGGAUUUCGUUAACGAGUACUGUCUUCCUGCUGAUGAAAUCUACGCUAAGCAAAUCUCCAAGGAUCCGGCUACAAGAUGGACUACGAUCCCACCUAUAAUGGAAAAGCUCAAGGCCAAGGCUCGAGAAUUGGGCUUGUGGAAUAUGUUUUUAUCGAAACGUUACGAGGAAGGCCCCGGUUACACCAAUCUAGAAUACGGGUUAAUGGCAAGGUAUUUGGGCCGUUGUCACACGGGUCCUGAAGCUACAAACACCAACGCACCGGAUACCGGCAACAUGGAAAUCUUGGCCAGGUUCGGCACCGAAGAGCAAAAAGCCAAGUACUUGAAACCGCUACUCAACGGCGAAAUUAGAUCAGCUUUCUUGAUGACCGAAAAGGGCACAUCUUCGUCCAACGCAUUGAACAUUUCCAGCACGGCAAUCAAAAACGACAAGGGUAACUAUGUGCUCAACGGAGUCAAGUGGUUUGCAUCGGGUGCAGGCGACCCCAGGUGUGCCGUGUGGCUCGUCAUGUGCAAGACAAGCGACGAUGCCGAAAUAGCUUACAGAAACCACUCGGUCUUGGUCGUUGAUGCCAAGCGAGCAUUGGCCUCGGGGAAAGCGAGGUUGAUUCGACCAUUGCAUGUCAUUGGCUACGAUGAUGCUCCCCAUGGACACUGCGAAAUUGCCUUUGACAACUAUGAGAUUCCAAGCGACGAAAUGCCCCAUGUGAUAUUGGCGAAGGAGGGAAGAGGGUUUGAGCUCAUUCAAUCCCGGUUGGGCCCUGGUAGGAUCCACCAUUGCAUGAGAGCCAUUGGCGCUGGCGAAUAUGCGUUGUUGCGCAUUGCGCAAAGAGCCAGCAAUCGGGUCAUCUUUGGCAAGCCCAUGAGCCAGAGAGAAAGCUUUCUCAACAAAUACGCCCAGAGCAGAAUCGACAUUGAGAGGUGUUUCCUCUUGGUCUUGAAUGCUGCUCACAAGAUUGACAUCUCCAACCCAAAGGAAGCCCAAAGGGAAAUUGCAAUGGCCAAGAUUGAAACUCCAAGAACAAUUGGUGCUAUUCUCGACUGGGGCAUCCAAGUCUACGGCGCCGAGGGUGUCUCGCAGGACACGGAGUUGGCGAGAAUGUACGCCUGGAACAGAACUUUGCGAAUUGCAGACGGCCCCGACGAAGCACACCUUGCACAGUUGGCCAGAAAAGAAGCAAAAAAGUUUCCCCAAUACGAAGCCUACUUUGAAAACUUUGAAGCAAGACAAAAAGCACUAAGCAAAUUGUAA